GGGGGCGGAGUUUUUAAAGGACCCGCCCACUUCUCCCCGCUCCCUCUCUCCAAACUACAAUUCCCAUGGUGCCUUCUCGCAGUUCCCGCCGCGCUGCACGCUGGGAGUGUGGGACCGCGAGGCCUCAAGGACCUAGGAGCCGCUUCUGCUUCCGCCCGGGCCUGGUUUCCGCAGAGGAUUUGUUGCAGUCAUGUCGGCUGCGAUCGCAGCUCUGGCCGCUUCCUAUGGUUCGGGUUCUGGAUCCGAAUCGGACUCGGAAAGCGAGGGCAGUCGGUGUCCGCUGCCGGCCGCCGACUCCCUCAUGCACUUGACUAAGUCGCCUUCGACCAAGCCGUCUCUGGCGCUGGCGGUGGACGCGGCCCCGGAGGUGGCGGUUAAGGAAGAUUUGGAAACUGGAGUUCACCUUGACCCUGCUGUCAAAGAAGUUCAGUAUAAUCCUACCUAUGAGACUAUGUUUGCUCCUGAGUUUGGACCAGAAAAUCCUUUUAGGACACAGCAAAUGGCUGCCCCUAGAAAUAUGCUUUCUGGAUAUGCUGAGCCAGCUCACAUCAAUGAUUUUAUGUUUGAACAACAAAGAAGAACUUUUGCCACAUAUGGUUAUGCAUUAGACCCUUCAUUAGAUAAUCAUCAAGUGUCUGCUAAAUAUAUUGGUUCUGUAGAAGAAGCUGAAAAAAAUCAAGGUUUAACUGUGUUUGAAACUGGUCAGAAGAAAACAGAAAAGAGGAAGAAGUUCAAAGAAAAUGAUGCAUCUAAUAUUGAUGGUUUCUUGGGACCUUGGGCAAAAUAUGUGGAUGAAAAAGAUGUAGCCAAACCUUCAGAAGAAGAACAAAAAGAAUUGGAUGAAAUCACAGCAAAGAGGCAGAAAAAAGGCAAACAGGAAGACGAGAAGCCUGGGGAGGAGAAGACAGUCUUACAUGUUAAAGAAAUGUAUGACUACCAAGGCAGGUCCUAUCUUCACAUACCUCAGGAUGUUGGUGUUAACCUGCGGUCAACUGUGCCACCUGAGAAGUGUUAUCUUCCCAAGAAACAAAUUCAUGUGUGGUCUGGACACACAAAGGGCGUCAGUGCGGUCAGGUUGUUUCCUCUCUCAGGCCACUUAUUGCUGUCUUGCUCCAUGGACUGUAAAAUUAAGCUAUGGGAGGUUUAUGGAGACCGGCGCUGUUUGCGAACAUUUAUUGGUCACAGUAAAGCUGUUAGAGACAUCUGCUUCAAUACCGCAGGAACACAGUUCCUCAGCGCAGCCUAUGACAGGUAUCUUAAGCUCUGGGACACUGAGACAGGACAGUGUAUAUCAAGAUUUACAAACCGAAAAGUACCCUAUUGUGUCAAAUUCAAUCCUGAUGAAGAUAAGCAAAAUCUCUUUGUGGCUGGGAUGUCUGAUAAGAAAAUUGUACAAUGGGACAUUCGCAGUGGGGAAAUUGUGCAGGAAUAUGAUCGGCAUUUGGGAGCCGUCAACACCAUUGUUUUUGUUGAUGAGAACAGGAGAUUUGUGAGCACGUCUGAUGAUAAGAGCCUACGAGUUUGGGAAUGGGACAUUCCUGUGGAUUUCAAGUAUAUAGCAGAACCUAGCAUGCACUCAAUGCCUGCAGUGACUUUGUCUCCAAAUGGGAAAUGGCUGGCAUGCCAGUCAAUGGACAACCAAAUCUUAAUUUUUGGAGCACAGAACAGAUUUAGAUUGAAUAAGAAAAAAAUUUUUAAGGGCCAUAUGGUAGCAGGCUAUGCUUGUCAGGUGGACUUUUCACCAGACAUGAGCUAUGUGAUUUCAGGAGAUGGAAAUGGAAAAUUAAACAUUUGGGACUGGAAGACCACAAAACUCUAUAGUCGAUUUAAAGCACAUGAUAAAGUGUGUAUAGGUGCAGUGUGGCACCCUCAUGAAACAUCUAAAGUCAUAACAUGUGGUUGGGAUGGUCUCAUUAAACUGUGGGAUUAAUGGAAUUAGUCCUUAAACUAUCUAGGAUCAUUUUUGAUCCAGCAUCAUAUUUAACUAUAUUUAAUUAUUAAAUGUGUUGGAUGAUAAUUUGAUUUGCAAAUAAUGUUUUCCUUACAUGCCUGAUGACAUUGACCUAUUGUUUAAAAAAAAUACUUUGUAAAUUUGACUUAUAUAAUUUCAUUUGCAACUUCAUUUGUUCUUUAUUGAUACGGGGAAUGACUAUUGACUUUCCAUUUGACAAGUAAUUAUCAUUGGCAGGAAGAUUGAGUUUUUCCUAAUGACAUACUAGAAGGAUCCCUUUGGGGUCAAGAAAGACUCCCUAGUAAAUUUGGGAUUUCAGGAGAGGUCAUGUAAUUAAUAACUCAAAGGUACCAGCUAUUUAUCUCUUCAACCAAAAGAGCAAUAAAGAAUAGAUAUGAUACGAUUUCAUAUAAAUCUGGAAGAAAGGUAAAGCCACCCACAGUUAAUGGCCCCAUUAUUUUCAGUGGGUUAAGUUCUAAUCUUUUGACUUCGUGAGUUCCACUAUUUUUUAUGACAUAUGUUGUAUAUUUUUAAUUGUAAGUCAGUAAUCCUCUUUAAUGGCAGCAUUCCUUUAAUUAUUAAACAGUGUAAAAUGAAAGUCAGUCCAGAGUUCUUUCCUUGACUUUCUUCCUGAUCAGUAUAGACAGGACAAUGUAUAUUUAAUCAGAGAAUGACAUUAUUUCUGAAGAUGGGACUCAAGAGAAUGAGCCAAGACUGAAUUUUAUUUCUAUUGACUGCCUUUAAGGACCUGGCUACACUUUCAAAAAUCAGGAUUCCCUAGGUUAUUGCUUUACACAUUACUACUGGGAUCCUCCUCAUAGGAGAUGAGGCAUGAGGGCAUAGUCCAAAGUGUCACCUUGUCAUUUCUUUGAAGUCAUAUUUCAUCUUUAAAAUUAUUUGAUUUGGCUUGUGAGUAUAUAUGACAGAACUUUCAAAGAUUAAAAAAAUUGUGAGCCUCUCUAAGGCUUUAAAAAAAAAAAAAAAAAAAAAGGACACUCCAGGAAGAUGACUUGGGUUCCCCAGUUUGAGAAGCAGUGACCAUGGUGAAAAAUAGUUUAAAAAUUCAGAUUGUGAAAUCAAGAUAGCCUCUUGAAUAUAGUAGCUAAUAGCACUUUAGCUUGGCAAGCCAUUUCUCCUGUUUCAUUACAAGUCUAUAUUAGAUGUUUGAAUGGAGUUGGAAUGUUCCAGUACUGUGCUGGAAAAGGUUAACUGACAGCUGCUCAGAGUGCUGACCUGGAGACCCAAUCGUGUGAGUGUUGGCAACCCAAGGGCAUUAAGCCCUGAGUGCUGUGCUGCCACUGCAGGGCGUGCUCCUGGCCCACAGGGAGCUUCCGUUUUUAAAAAAUUAAAUUUAAAGAGGCCUGGUGUGUAUGACAGGCCCUAUGGCCACAUACAAAUACAUUUCAAAGAAGAAAAUAGAAAAAGGAUAAAAGUGAAGGUGAUGUAUUUUUCACACAGGCGCUCGAAGAAGUGCAGACCCACUACCUGCCUGCUGCCCUUUCUGCUACACAAGGAAGGUGGCAGAUUGCUGAAGGGGAAAGGUGCAGGCAUGACCUGUUCUUUUCCAAUCACCGUUUUUAACAAAUGUGAAUUACUGAAAUGUGAUGAGACAAAAAGAAUUAUACAUUUAAAUUGUCUUGUUCAGCACUCAUAUUAUAUGUUACAAAUCAUCAUUUCUAAAUCCAGGUUUAUUUUAUUGUGUUUUUUGACUGUUUCUAAACUAAGUACCUGUAUAUAAAAAAGUUGUCUCUUUUUUAAAAAAAAAAUCAUAUUUUUAAAUAAAUAAAGCAUUUUUAUAGAAA